CUCUGCCGCUCUGCGCGGUAUUGAUUUCCUCGGACACCGUGCUCCCCGACCCCGAGCGCCCAUCCAGCAGCCAGCUAGGAGUACCGCCGAGUGCACUCUGUCUCUGCAGUAUCCUUCCCGGCCGAUCUGCAUUUCACUCGUUCCACACCGUCGUUGGCCGGCCCAUAGCUCUCCCCCUCCUGGUUAGUGUAGUGAGCGCAGCGACGAGUGCAACGGUGAGAGUACCGAGAUGGCUGAGGGAAGAGGCAGUGCAAGGGCCAUCGGCGCCAUGGCGUUCGCCGUUGCCUGCUGCUACUGCUGCGUCGCCAUCGCCGACGCAGCCACCACCUACUACGUCGGGGACAGCAACGGCUGGUCCUUCAGCAGCCCCAGCUGGCCCAACGGCAAGCACUUCCGCGCCGGAGACACUCUCGUGUUCAGGUACAUCCCCUGGAUCCACAACGUGGUGGCCGUGGACGAGGACGGGUACAACGGCUGCACGACGCCGCCGGGGUCGCGGACCUACACGUCCGGCGCCGACAGCGUGACGCUCGCCAGGGGGGACAACUUCUUCAUCUGCACCCGGUUCGGCCACUGCAACCUCGGCAUGAAGCUCGUCGUCUAUGCCGCGUGAUCUGUCAGAGCUAGCGACUGGUGGUGGUAUUGUUGACUGGGUGCGCUCAAUGAUCGGCUGUGCUUGCUCUCGAGCGAACUGGUCUGUUUGAUUUGUGCUAUUUCGUGUAGGCUCAGUCAGUCGCUUGGUUCUAAUCCGUAACGGCUUCUACUACUUUUACAAUGUUGUUGUAACAAUACAAACAUCCAGCUUUAAUUGAAGCUAACGGAUAUCGCAUGUUUG